AUGUCUGCUGUUCCUCCUCCUUCCUCCUCCACACAUUCAUGUUGUGGUUUUUCCCUCUUGUCCUGGAAGAACCCUCAACAAACCGCCAAGGUGUUUGGUGCCUCCAUCGCUGCCAUCUUGACCCUCAAGUAUGUCAACCUCAUCAACCUCUUCUUCCGCGUGGCCUUCAUCACCCUCUUUGUAUCAGGGGCUGCUGAAUAUGCUGGUAAACUCGUCACCGGUACCGGUCUUGCCACAAGAUUCAAGCCAAAGAAAGAGUGCACCUGCUUGAAAGAUUUUGUCAGCGAAUACUCUCCAAAGCUUGCUCCACAGGUGGCCAAGUUGCAGCACGAUAUUGAAGCUAUUGUGUUUGCUUCCGACGUUGAAAAAACUUUAAAGACUGCUGGGGCUUGUUACGCGCUUUACAAGAUUACCUCUUGGUUCUCUCUUUACACCUUGUUGGUCACCUCUACUAUUGCCGCUUUCACCCUCCCAGUGGCCUACGUUACUUAUGAAAAGGAAAUCCAUGAAGCUAAGGAAAAAUACUACUCUUUGGCUAAGUCUAAGGCUGGUGAAUACAAGGACCUUGCCCACGAACACGCUAAGCCAUACAUUGCCCAAGCUCAAGAGCACAUUAGUCCUUACACUUCCAAGGUUGCUGGAUACUUGCCAAAGAACAGAACUGCCGGGUCAACCGUUGGUGCUUCUCCAGUUCCAGCCAAGCCAGCCGCCGCCGCCGCUGCUCCAGCUCCAGCUCCUACUGCUACCACCACCGGUUCUAACUUGCACACUACUACCGCCAUGCCAAAAGUUCCAUCUGCUGAACCAAUCUCCUCAAACAUUGACAUCGACGACUUGAGAUCUUCAAUUCAAAAGGACAAGGCCGACGCUGCUGCCGCUGCUUCUACCAUUGCUUCUGGCUUAUAA